AUGGCCAUCCAGCGCCUGCCAGGGGAUGUGGUCGUGCAGAUCGAGGCCUCCCUUAUCGUGACUUCUCUGAACGGCACCGUCUGCGGCCUGCUGUGCAACGCUCUCGAUGCUGGCGCCUCCAACGUGAACAUCUCCGUGCAUUACAGCCAUGGCAGUUGCGUGGUCGAGGAUGACGGCAUCGGAAUCCCACCGCCUGCGUUUCGUCCUGACGGUGGCCUCGGACAGCUGCACCACACAUCCAAGCAUCCGCGCAGCAUCUGUCUGCACGGUCGCCACGGAUCCUUUCUGGCCUCGGUCGCCUCGCUCUCACUGCUGUCGGUCGUCUCGCGCUGCCGCGGCCGUGCGUCUCCCAGCGCGCUGACCAUGCACAAUGCAACGGUCCUGCGGCGGCACGUUCCUGCUCCGCCAGAGCAGCACGCAUGCCCUGCGCCACAUGGCACCCGUGUUGCCGUGCACGAUCUCUUUGGCUGCAUGCCGGUGCGUCUACAUCUGCGGCCGGCCUCUGCUUUCGCUGCCUGGAGCCGCGACUGGGACGAGCUCGUGCGCUCGGUCACCGCUCUUCUUCUGGCAUGGCCACACGAUCUAGUCGUUCGUCUCCGAGCUGAAAGUGGGACUGGUCACGGCCGCCUUCCUGCCGUCACCCUCCGUGCUGCGGCACCACCUGCUGCCGAGCAUCCCGCCAUAGCACGGACGACAACACUGCUGGCACAGGCAGGGCUUUGCGAUACGGCCAGUGCGGCGUCGUGGGUCCGCGUCGGCUCGUCCAUUCCCGGUAUCACAGUCAGUGGCUGUGUUUGCUUGACGCCGUCUGCUUCCAAGCGUGUCCAGUUCAUCAGAAUAGGCGUCGAGCCGCUCUCGGAGAGGCACCAUGCAGAUCUGCUUUACGACGAAAUAAACAAGCUGUUCGCCGACUCGCUCUUUGCCCUGGUGGCGGCGGUACAACGGCCGACAGCUGCGCGAAGAGGAGUUGAUCGGUGGCCGAUGUUCAUCAUUGGCAUAGACCUGACCGAGUCGGCCCCAGUAGAAGUUGAUGAUGUUCUCGACGACAGACGGCAGCAUCUGGCGCUUGUCCGAUCCCUGCUUCGGACGAUGAUUGUCCAGUUUCUGAAGAAGCAUAAUUUGUACAGGCGGACCACUCUGCUCUGCGAGGACACUUCUUCUGUUGGCAGCCCCAGCAUAACUGGCCCCCCUGCUAAGAAACGGAAAACAACCAGAAUGUUGCAACGACACUCGCCCUUCCGGUCCUGGCCAAAGGUCAAGGCGACGCGGCCUGGAGCUGAAAGAAACAGAUCAAAGGACGGCACACUGAUUUCAGGCGCAGAGCUGGAAAGCGCGCAGCCUGCCACCCUCUCGUCGCCCAAGACUACAAGCAAGUUCUUUGGUGGCGCAAUCAGUACAAAACUCGAUGAAGGGUGUCGAGCCAGUGGCACAGCCGAAUGGGACGGCAACUCCUUCUCGAGCGGUAGCAUCCGCAUAUCGAGAGAGAGCCUCGCUGCUGCCAAGGUCAUCGGCCAGGUGGACCAAAAGUUCAUCCUUGUCAAAGUCCCGGCUCUUGAUGGAAACCCCGACCCUUUAGGUAGUAGAGAGAAGGGCGAGGUUCUGGUUCUUAUUGACCAGCAUGCCGCAGACGAGCGUUGCCGCAUUGAGGCUCUGCUCACGGAGUAUUUUGUAUACACGCCGGGUGAAGAGAGCGUGUUGGAAGCCCGGACAACUGCGUUGGAACAGACGCUGCAGUUCGAGCUUGACGCCCAUGAGCGGCCUCUUCUAGAACGGCUGCAAAGCCAUUUCCACUUCUGGGGCGUGGUGUAUACUCUGGCUACCGCGGACAGAGACGACGUGGUGGCGCUGCGGUGGAAGUCGUUUGACUUCUUCGAUGUCAGCCAAGCGAAACCCGGCGAAGACAAGACAGACGUCGUGUUUGAGGGCAACGAGAUAUCGAGCGUCUGCUCCGGAUCAGAAAGUCUGUUUCUUGGCAGCUACGACGGAUAUGUGCGCAUUGUGGGACCGAGCUGGAAGGUGGUGCGGAGCUUCCUCGCACACGAGGCGGGAAGCAUCACACAAAUGCGGCAGGUGGAGGGAACGAGUCUGCUCGUGACAGUGGCAGAGGACAUGAGCACGGAGCCGGUGCUCAAGGUGUGGGCGCUGGACAAACCGGUGAAGAAGACGGGGGUGCCGACGUGUCUGAGCACGAUUGAGGUCAACAACGGCAAGAAGCAGUUUCCGAUCUCGGCGUUCACGGCGACGGCCGACCUCUCGCAGCUGGCUGUCGGGUUUGCCAACGGGGCGGUGACGCUGAUUCGAGGCGAUCUGGUCAACGACACGGGCACGCGACAGCGCAUCAUCUACGAGUCAGAGGAGCCGGUGACAGGAGUGGAGCUGUACGUGGACGACAAGUUCACGACGACACUGUUCAUCGCGACGACGGCACGGAUCCUCAAGCUGCCAAUCCUGGCCAAGGGCAAGGCGCAGGCGGCCAAGACGGUCGAGGAUGCCGGCUGCGGCGUGGGCUGCAUGACAGUCGACCCGCGGACGGGCGACAUUGUGGUGGCGCGAGACGACGCGAUCUACUCGUACUCGCUCGAGGGCCGGGGGGCGCCGCGGGCGUACGACGGACCGAAGAGCCUGGUGGUGGUGUACGGCGACUACGUCGCGCUGGUGUCGCCGGGCAGCAGCGGAUCCAACAGCAACGGCGGACAGCAGCGGCGACGGCUGGGCGGAACAUCGACGUCGGCGGACGCGCUCUUCAGCACGACGACCCUGUCGGUGCUGGAGACGGACCUCAAGGUGGUGGCACACGCGGAGACGCUGCUGUCGCCGGUGCGCAGCGUGCUUGCGAUCUGGGGCCGGCUCUGCGUGCUCACACAGGACGGCCGGGUGCGGCAGUAUGCGGAGAAGACGCUGGCACAGCGGCUCGACAUGCUCUACCAGCGCAACCUGUACCACCUCGCGAUCGAGCUGGCGCGCAAGUGCGGGCUGGACGAGGCGGAGCAAAACGUGAUCUUCCGGCGGUUCGGCGACUACCUUUACCGCAAGGGCAGCUACGACGAGGCGAUGGCGCAGUACAUCCGGGCGAUCGACAGCACGGAGCCGUCGCUGGUGAUCCGCAAGUUCCUAGACACGCAGCGGAUCCACAACCUGAUUGAGUACCUGGAGCAGCUGCACGAGCACGGGCGGGCAACGGCGGACCACACGACGCUGCUGCUCAACUGCUACGCGAUGCUGAAGGACAUCGACAAGUUGGAACGGUUCAUCAAGUCGCCGGGCGACCUCAAGUUCGACCUGGACACGGCCAUCUCGGUGUGUCGGCAGGGCGGGUACUACGAGCAGGCGGUGUACCUGGCGAAGCAGCACGGGGAGAACGAGCUGGUUGUGGACAUUCUGGUGGAGGACGCGAAGAAGUAUGACGAGGCGUUGGCCUUUAUCGGGCAUCUGGAUCCGAAGACGACACAUGCAUCGCUGAUGAAGUAUGCCCGGGUGCUCAUCGAGAACUGCCCCCAAGAUACGACACAGCUGUUUAUCGACUACUACACGGACAGCUACAAGCCCAAGGCCGAGGAGGAGGUGUUGCUGGGCGGAGCGAGCAUGACGUACAAGGCGCCGGCGCCACGGACAGCGUUUUCGUCGUUUAUCGAUCACGCGGACGAGUUUAUCGUGUUUCUGGAGGCGUGUCUGAAGGCGCCGUCGGUGUCGUCGGCGGACCGGACAGACCUCAAGACGACGCUGUUUGAGAUGUACCUGAGCAAGGCGUCGGACAAGAAGCAGCAGGGCGUACAGGAGCGGGAGGGCUGGGAGGCCAAGGCGAAGGGGCUGAUUGUGGAGGGUGGGAGAGCCGGAGCCGGAGCCGGAGCCGGAUCGGGGUCGCACGAAGACAGCGGGCUCGAGUCGGAGCUGGAGUCGGAGCCGAUCGAGCCGGCCAACGUGCUGCUGCUAUCGCAUCUGUCGGGAUUCCGGGAGGGGACGACGCUGAUGAAGGAGCAGGCAGGCCUGCUGUUCGACAUCUUCCGAUCGUACACGGCAGCACAAGACACGCGAGGGGCGCUGCGAGCGCUGCACCGGUACGGGCCCGAGGAGCCGCAGCUGUACACGGCGGCGCUGUCGUACCUGACAUCGAGCGGGCGGGUGCUGGAGGAGGCCGGACCGGCCGAGCUGACGGCGGUGCUGCAACGAAUUCAUCGGGACGGGCUGAUGGCGCCGCUGCAGGUGGUGCAGACGCUGAGCCAGAACACGGUGGCGACGAUGGGGAUGUUGAAGCCGUACCUGCAGGAGACGAUUGAGCGAGAGCGGCGCGAAAUUGCGGCGAACCGGCGACGGGUGGCGGCGUUCCGGUCGGAGACGGACCAGCGACGCGCCGAGCUGGCCGAGCUGGCGGCCAAGCCGGCCGUGUUCCAGGCGACGCGCUGCAGCCAGUGCGCGCUGCCGCUGGAGCUGCCAGUGGUGCACUUUCUCUGCAAGCACUCCUUCCAUCAGCGCUGUCUGGACGGUGGAGGUGGUGGAGGGGGGGUGGAAGGGGACGACGAUGACGACGUCGAGUGUCCGCUGUGUGGACAGGACAAUGCGACAGUGCGGGCGAUCCGGCGGCAGCAGGAGGAGUAUGCGACGCGGCACGACGUGUUUCAGGCAGAGCUGGCCAACAGCGAGGAUCGGUUCGGGACGGUGGCGGACUGGUUCCAGAGGGGAGUGAUGAGGAUGGGAGAGUAG